UGCUCUGGUUCUAUUUGCAUAGAGGCGGGGCCUCUGGCGCUAAGAGGCCGGAACACCCAAUCAGGUGGAACCCCGGGACCUCUACCUCGCUCCAAACGACCCUGAGGGCGAAAUCCGCCCAGAGACUUAAUUUUCAUGGGGCGGGGCCUGCUCUUUGAGUGGGGCCGAUCGCCACUUCCCCUUCCAGUCGGCUUCCGCCCGCUGGCUUCCGCCCGCUAGCUUCCGGCUUCCGUGCGGCUUCCGCCCACCUUCCUUCCGGCUUCUGUCCAGUUUCCCUCUGCCUUCGCCGGCCGCCGCCCGCAGCCAGGGCAUGAAUGCCACCGAGAUGGCGGCGAGCGCCGGUCGGGCCCCUGGACACCGCGCCCUCCUCCGCGGCACGCUUCCCUGGGGUCACUGUCUACCUGGCUGAGCCACGCAUGGGCCGCAGCCGCCAGGCCUUCCUCACACGCCCGGCUCUCUCCAAGGGCUUCCGCGUCCUGGACGCCUACAGGUCAGAGGUGACACACGUCAUGAUGGAGGGGACCUCAGCAGAGGAGGCCGUCCGCCAGCAGGAGCGCAGGACGGGCACCCGCCCGGUGCUCUUAGAUGUAAGCUGGUUCACGGAGAGCAUGGCGGCCGGGCAGCCUGUCCCUGUGGAGCGCCGGCGCCGCCUGGAGGAGGUUCUGGAGAUGCUGGCGGAGGCCGCAGGCUUUGCCGGCAGUGAGGGCCGCCAACUCUCCUUGUGCAGAGCGGCCUCGCUCAAGGCCCUUCCCAGCCCGGUCACGGCCCUGAGUCGGCUGCGUGGCCUGGCCCACUUGGGAGAACACUCGUGCGGGGUCGUCCAGGAGCUGCUGGAACACGGAGUGUGUGAGGAGGUGGAGGGAUUCUGGCUCUCGGAGAGGUACCAGGCCAUGAAGCUCUUCGCUCAGAUCUUUGGGGUCGGGGUAAGGACCGCUGACUGGUUGUACCGCGAGGGGCUGCGGACGCUGGACGACCUCCGAGAGCAGCCCCAGAGACUGACCCAGCAGCAGAGAGCAGGACUCCAGCACCACCAGGACCUGAGCGCCCCGACCCUGCGGUCAGAUGUGGAGACGCUGCAGCAGGCGGUGGAGGCAGCCAUGGGGCAGGCCCUUCCUGGGGCCACGGUUGCGCUGACUGGUGGCUUCCGGAGGGGGACGUUGCAGGGCCACGACGUGGACUUCCUCAUCACCCACCCCCAGGAGGGCCGGGAGGCAGGGCUGCUGCCUGAAGAACGCCCGGCCACGUCUGCUCUCCCCCAGGACCUGGUCCUGUUCCGCCAGCAGCAGCGCGGCCGGCAGGCGGGCGACCCCACCCACCUGCCCCGGCAGAGCCACACCAUGGAUGCCUUCGAGGGGACUUUCUGUACUUUCCACCUGCCACGACCCCCAGGGGAUGCCGUAGGGGCGCCCAGAGGCCCUGCCCCACCUGACCACCUGGUGGUCACCCCCAUCAGCCAGUUCCCCUUUGCUCUACUUGUCUGGACUGGCUCCGAGGUAGGGAGCGUGCUGCUGCGGCCACCCUGGGGUCUGGGGUUGGUGGCGCUGCUGAUGCAGUCACUCUUCCCCCAGCGUUUCGAGCGGGAGCUGUGCCGCUUCAGCAGGAGGGAGAGGGGGCUCUGGCCGAACAGCCGUGGUCUGUUUGAUCGGGGCAGGUGUACGUUUUUCCACAUGGCCUCAGAGGAAGACGUCUUCAGACUCUUGGGCCUUGAGUACCUCCCCCCGGCAGAGAAAUGCCUGACCCUAUGAGCUGGCCCUCACUUCCACUCUCUGGAAAUGGAGGGGGCCGUUUGAGCCAGACGCUAUGGGUGUUCUGGUCCCCGAAUGUUUCCAGGUGGAAGAUGCUCUGCUGCCCCAAGUCCUCACCCCUCCCAGGUGGGAGCCCUGUCUGUGUGGACCACCCAUGCCCCACAUACACCCAGUUACAGACGUCAUGAAACGAGCGUGUGGAACAAACUAAGCUGUAUUUUCUGAAUGUGUUGCCGGCGUGGGUGGCCGGGGAGCGUGGGUAUUGGUUCUGCCCAGAGGCCAGCUACGGGGUGCUGGUGAGGGUGGGGGGUGUGGACCUAAGACAGAUAGACUCCCAGUUAUUUCUCCAACAAAAACGGGCUUAUUCAGGAUCAGCAGAGAAUGGGUCUGCAACCGUGGCAAGCCGUGUGCAAGUCCCCAGCAAAAAUGGAAAGGAAAAUGCUUUUACAGAGGGGAAAAGGAAUUUGGGAAGGCUAUAGUAAACAAGAGUCCGUGGCUUUUCAUUGGCUUAGUCCUCAUCAGGACCAAAGAGGAGAUCUUUCUUUCUGUUGGGCUCUGCUGUCAUCACAGGGCAUGAGCACUCCCCCUUCUGGUUUCCCAACUUUCGAGCUUUCUGUUUAUUCAUCUUUUUACACUUCCCCUUUUGAUCAAGAUGUUUCUCUGAAAGCAUCACUAAUCUGAGUCAGGCUUUCCAGUUUCAGGGUCAUUUUGUCCCUCAGUACAAGGAAGGACCUUUCCUGGGUGUAGUGUCCCACAUGAGAGGGAAAGUGCACAGACUGGAGAUCUAUUGAGGUCAUAUUUAAGUAACGAGGAGUAGGAGGGACAACUCUUAGGCACUUUUUAUCUAAAGUCCGUGUGUUACCAAGAUCCUAAACGGUAGAGAUUAUCUGAAGCCUUAUGUAAUCAAAGGUUUGGUGACAAAAUUCCAACAGGCCUAGUCUGAAUAUCCGGAAAGCUGGCUCAUCGGAUGUCGUCUGCUUCAGUUCAGGGAAAUCUUUACUUUCGGGUCACCAGGUGAUUUGCAGGUCCAGACAGGGUUUGGUGCUUUCUUUAGGUGUGUCGUGUGAAUCCAAGAGUUGUAUUCCUUGGAGUUUUGCAGCACAAGGGUUGGAUAGCAGUACCUGAUAGCAGCCUUUCCAUCAAGGUUGAAGAGAGUCCUUCUGGAGGUGUCUUUUCCAAUAGAUGAAAUCUCCAGGUUGUGUGAUGUUUAAGGUCUUCAUCUCCCAAGAGUGCACUGUGAAAACGUUGCUUACCAAAACAGGAUUAUUUUUAAUAGAGGCAAUUAGGCCUUUGCAGUAUUGGAGUAUCUCUCUUUUUAUUAGCUGUGGGUCAAAAGAGGCAGGAGCCAAGUGCACUGGGCAUCCUGUGACUACCUCAAAGGGUGUAAAAGUUCCAAAAGAGGUGGAUCUGUGAUUUAGAAGGACCAACAGCA